AGAAGCUGCAAAACGUUGCUGGAGAGAGGGACAUCUGGACUACCUUGCUUAGCCUGCUGCCACCGUCACCCUUUUCUCACAAACAGUGUAUGCGUUUUAAAAUACAACAAUCUCAUAAGGAUCUCAGUAUUACCUGAUCACAAAAAUACAUCCAUCAUACUCCUGACAUGGUAUCCUUAGUGCAGCUAGCUAUACACAUUUUAUAUGUAUAGAUGUUUAGAACGAUCUUAAGCAUGUUAUCGGGUUUUGAAUUCCGAUGUCGCUGAAAUACACAAUUACUCAGUCUUCUUUCUGUUUUUCUUCGGGUUCUAGUUUGUGUUCUAUAUUUUAACUCCUAUAUUUCCGGCAGUGCUUGAAGGCAUCACUAGUCCCUCCUCCCUUCCGCGCGUGCUGACGCGACUGCGCGUUACAGCGUUACUGGUGCGACUGGAAAGUUUGUAUCACUCUCUAUUUUGGCGAAGAUAUCAUAAUGUCAUAUCCCACGGUAGACGGGCUGUUUCGGAAAUUUAGCUGAUAACGGGGAGAAGGGACAUGGCGGACAUGGCCAAUGCAGUCACUCACCAUCACCGAGCUGCCGAGCCGCGGGUCUGGGGUCAGUUUGUACCGAAGCUAAACGGAGUUUCCGCCGUUGGACUCUGCGUACUGGCCUAACCUCCGCCAAUGAUAACAACUCCCCAAGAGAGACUGUUUAACAUGAUGCUCCCAGUUUAACAAGAGGACCAUUCUCAUAUCUGGAUUUAUUUAUCGGUCACCACCAUCAACAUGUCGGACCAGAACUACUAUUGGACCGUGUUGCCGAGCUACAAAACCAGUUACGUGACUGGGGCCAUGAUGAAAAGGUCGAAAAGUUCCCGUAACAACAAACGAAGGAGUUUGGCGGUCGGGACCCCGUCGCCCACGCUCUCACGGCCUCUUUCACCUCUCCCACUUGCCACAGCUGGCGGCAGCCCUUCAGAAAGCCCCAGAAAUGUCUCUGCCAGCACCUCUGCCAACUUCCAGUUUGCCCGCAGCCAACUGGCACGCACUGAAAGAGCGGAUGGGCGAAGGUGGUCUGUGGCGUCAGUUCCCUCGUCUGGAUACUGCACCAAUGCACCCAGUUCAUCAGUAUCUUCCUCUUCUUCCCAAGAGUUAUUGCACCAGUUGCCCUUCCAGCCCACGCAAGAUGAUCUCCACUUCCUGUUCAAACAUUUCCGGAGCACGGAGAGUGUGGCAGACGAAGAAGGAGCACACGCCUCCCCUCCUGCCAGGCUCCGCUCUCGCAGUCUCAGCCCUGGACGGACCUGUGGAAUAUUUGACAAUGAAAUCGUCAUGAUGAAUCAUGUCUACAAAGAACGCUUUCCGAAGGCGACAGCUCAGAUGGAGGGUCGGCUGCUCGACACCAUUGCAGAGUGUUCCCCAGGUACUGUUCUGCCCCUGGCUGAUGGUGUGCUGGGAUUCAUUCAGCACCAGCUGGUGGAGCUCGCCAGAGACUGUCUGGACAAGUCACAGAACGGCCUGGUCACCUCCAGCUACUUUGUGGAGCUGCAGGAGAAGCUGGAGAAGCUGCUGCACGAGGCGUAUGAGCGAUCAGAGAGCGAGGAGGUGGCCAUCAUCACCAAAUUGGUCAAGAAGAUUCUCAUCAUCAUCUCUCGGCCUGCCAGGCUCCUGGAGUGUCUGGAGUUUGAUCCAGAGGAGUUUUACCAACGUUUGGAGGCUGCAGAGGGUCAAGCCAAGGUGGGCCAGGGCAUCAAGACUGAUAUUCCCAAAUACAUCAUCAGCCAGCUCGGCCUCACAAGGGAUCCCUUGGAAGAGAUGGUUUACCUGGAGCAGACAAGUCCGAUUCACAGAGCGGCCAGCAGAGAGUCUGAUGACACGGGAGAUGCAACAUCUGUCCAGAGCCGAGCUCGUAGGAAACCACUGGAGAGCGACUUUCAGACUAUCAAGCUCAUUAGCAAUGGCGCCUAUGGGACGGUAUUUCUGGUGCGCCACAAGGAAACCCGUCAACGCUUUGCCAUGAAGAAGAUCAACCGGCAGAACCUGAUGCUUAGAAACCAAAUCCAGCAGGUGUUUGUGGAGCGAGACAUCCUCACCUUUGCUGAAAACCCGUUUGUGGUUUCUAUGUUUUGCUCCUUUGAGACGCGGAGGCACCUCUGCAUGGUCAUGGAGUAUGUAGAAGGUGGGGACUGUGCCAACCUAUUGAAGAACAUUGGUCCUCUGCCUGUGGACAUGGCUCGGAUGUAUUUUGCUGAGACGGUCCUGGCUUUGGAGUAUCUUCACAACUAUGGCAUCGUACACAGAGACCUGAAACCUGACAAUUUGUUAAUCACCUCCCUGGGACACAUUAAGCUGACAGACUUUGGGCUGUCAAAGAUUGGUCUAAUGAACAUGACCACCAACUUGUAUGAAGGACAUAUAGAAAAGGAUACCAGAGAGCUCAUCGAUAAACAGUGGUGUGGCACUCCAGAGUACAUUGCUCCAGAGGUGAUCCUGAGGCAGGGCUAUGGGAAGCCAGUAGACUGGUGGGCUAUGGGCAUCAUCCUCUAUGAGUUCUUAGUGGGCUGUGUGCCUUUCUUUGGAGACACACAGAACAGGCUCUUCGGUCAGGUGGUCAACGAUGACAUCAUCUGGCCUGAGGGGGAAGACGCUCUGCCAGCUGAUACCCAGGACCUUAUCACCAGACUGCUGAGACAGAGCCCUCUGGAGCGCCUGGGAACAGGUGGAACCACUGAGGUGAAGAUGCACAUGUUCUUCUUGGGUUUGGACUGGAAUGGCCUGCUGAGACAGAAAGCUGAAUUCAUACCUCAACUAGAAACUGAGGAGGACACCAGCUACUUUGACACCCGAUCAGAGCGCUACUGUCACCUGGACUCAGAUGAUGAUGACGAUGAUGAAACCAACGAUGAUGAAUCAUCUCUGGAGCUGCGACAGUUCUCGUCUGUGGCCCACCGCUUCAGCAAGGUGUACAGCAGCACAGAGCACCUGUCCACCUCCACGCCGUCCAACCAGAGCCUGUCGUCGUCAGAGCGAAGCCACAGUGAAGAGAAGGAGGAGCGAUGGGAGGGAAGGGGAGUCCUCUCCCCUGGCGAUGGACACAAACACUUGGCCAGUGGAGACAGGAGGGCAGAUGGACACAGGGGGAGUCUGCGUCCUCGUGCUUCGUCCAGCUCCUCCCAGUCAGAGCGCAGUGCCAGCUCACUCGUGAUGAACAGCACCCAGAGCCUCGACAUCAUGCCUCGCUUCGCCAUCUCUGCCGAGGAGGAAGAUGGGAUGGUUUCCAAUUUGCGGCGCAUUCGGCUCCGGAGCAACAGCACGGGCACCAGGCCAUCCUUCCGAAGAGGGGCGUCUCGGCGCAUCGCCCACCAGUUGGAGACACCAGAGAAACCCAGGUCCUCAUCUGGAAAAGUCCCCAAGUCUGCCUCUGUCUCUGGCCUGUCCCUCAUCAUCACCCCAGAUGACUCGGCAGGUCCUUCCACGAGCCCCAAAUCGUCCUUGUCCCUGUCGUCCAAUCCCUCGUCCAGAGAUUCGUCCCCCAGCAGAGACCUCUCUGUGAGCAUCAGCUGCCUCAGGCCUCCUGUGGUCAUCCACAGCUCUGGGAAGAGGUUUGGCUUUGCGUUGCGAGCUAUCAGAGUCUACAUGGGAGAUAGUGACGUCUACACGGUUCACCACAUGGUCUGGUGUGUUGAGGAUGGCAGUCCAGCACACGAGGCAGGAUUGAGGGCUGGUGACCUCAUCACUCACGUCAACGGGGAGUCGGUCCAGGGACUCGUCCACACCGAGGUGGUGGAGCUCCUGCUCAAGAGUGGAAACAGGGUGACCCUGCAGACUACUGCACUGGAGAACACUUCUAUCAAGGUGGGCCCUGCCAGAAAAGGGAGCUACAAGGCCAAGAUGGCCCGACGCAGCAAGAAGAGUAAAAGGAAGGACGGACAAGAAAGCCGACGACGUAGCAUCUUGAAGAAGCUGUCUAAGCACACGCCUCCUCCACCCAUGCAGAGUAGUCGUAGCUUCUCUUCGGGUUUCCACCAGUCAUCUAGCGACAGCCUCUCCGGCUCCCCCACGCAGAGUCUCUCUCCUGGGCCUUCGACGCCUUGUCGCUCUCCUGCUCCUGAUCACUCUGGAGAUUCAAGUUCCUCUCCUUGCUCCAGCUCCCCUAACUCGCCGGUGCCACAGCCCCGUCCCAGUUCCCUACAUGUCUUGGGUCGCUACACCAAAGCAGGCCGCUGCAAGUCCACCAGCAGUAUCCCUCCUUCACCACUGGCCUGCAUCCCCCCUCCUCAGCCACUCUCUCCCCAGUGCUCUCCUUCCUGCCUCCCCAGUCACCCCAAGUCUCUACAAGGUUUCCUUGGCAAGACAUUGUCUCCUCCCACUAUCACCCGCCAUUCUGUGCGUCCCCGCAGUGCCGAACCGCCACGGUCACCGCUCCUGAAGAGGGUCCAGUCGGCAGAGAAGCUGACAGGAGACAAGAUGACAGGGGGAUACCAUGGAGAUAGGAAGGCCUACAGCACCCGUCGCCACACCAUGGAGGUGCCACUGUCUGAAGGGGAGGGGCUGGAGGACAUGGAGGGGGACACCGCCACCGGGUUCGUCUGUGUCGGUGAGCAUGGCCGUCAGGGUCUGUACAUAGGAGGGCAGAGAGGCCACCAGGACACAGCCAGUGGAGGCAGCGAGCAUUACCGUGCUACCGCUUCGCCACAAUACCGCGGUGGCAACCACCACUCCAAAGAGGUGGUGGUGAUGAGGAAGCUGGCGCUGUCGGAGAGAAGGGACUCCUUCAAGAAACAGGAGGCCGUUCAGGAAGUGAGUUUCGAUGAUUUGGAGGAGAGAGAUGCGACGCCGAGCCCAACGCAGCAGAAACCAUUCAAGGCAUCCUGGAUCAACUCGGGCCAGUCAGAAUCUGCUGUGAAGCUGGAAGGAAGUGUAUCACAGGGUACAAAAACACCUCAGAAAGCCAAGUCGAAAGACAAAGAAGGUUUUUAGUUUUGUCACUUUUCCCAGGAGUCUCACUGAGGCGGAGACUGAAAAGUGAAGAUAAGUCUUUGACCUGCUACUGUACCUACAUUUGAAGGCCUUGCAUGUGUGUCCAGAAAACUGUGACCAAGUCCCAAAUCAUCACAAGCAACUGCUUGAAGACAGAAGAACAAAUUAACAUUGAUGUAUCUCAGUAAUAUAUGCAUCCUGCAACACUGUUGACAGAAUAACGACUGCCAAACUAUGUUUACUUCCUAGUUGCUUGUUUUCUCUUUUGGUUCUCAAAUCACUGUGGCACCUGUAACUGAUGUAUUUUGUAAAUAUUUUUGUUUUAAAUGAAGAAACUUAUUUAUGACUUUUUAUUUUCAUCUUGUUUUUUGGUUGCUGAAAAUGCCUUGGAUGCUUCAGCUGCUCUUAGUUCAGGAAAUGCACCAAAAAAAACACACAAAAACCUCUGUGUGGUUUUACAGCAGUGGCAGAUAGAUAGAUAGAUCGAUAGAUAGAUAUAAUCUAAUCCUUAUUCAUCCCCAGGGGGAAAUUUCUUGAAAAGGGCAGGUAACAUCAGUUAAUAUCGUACCAUUUCUUUUUUUUAUACCUCAAUGCCUGCCUAUAACUGGGUGUUGUUUCAUGUUCAAAUUGGGUCUUUGAAACAAACGUACAGUGUUUGUCCUGCAACAUAUAAUGUAUAUUAUAGUAUUUCAGACGAUACUCUGGUGCUGCCUUUCUAUCACACAGUUUGUGGAGGCAACCAUUUGAACUAAUUGAUCCCAAACUUAGGCCUUGUAAAACAUUUUUGAAAGACAAAAAUAUCAACAUUCUUAAUACUUGGAAGUCUAGCUGUGGUGCCAAAGCAUGGUUUCGCCAUAGAAACCAUUUGAACAAAGGUACUGUAGUUAUGUGUAGUUGUAUAUAAGAAGCUACAUGCAUGCAUGGGCUCUACUUUCACUUCCUGUCCGUCCUCUAAAACGGUGUGUCACUCCUCGGGCGGCGGCUUGAAUGCUAACCUGAUCAACAUGCAGAUCUGUAGAUGAAGCUUUGUGACUACAUGAAACCCGGCUGCUGUCGCGGUCCUCCACCUUGUUGAAUCAAGCCUCCGUCCAGCUCCCUAAACUAGUCUAGCUAAAGUGUUUGCACAAGUUAUCGUAGCCGUAUAACAGUUGGAGCACACUCAUAUUUCAGAAUGACUUCCUUCUGCGUAGGAAUCAAAAAUUGUAUAAUGGAUGCAACAAACUUGUUUACUUGGCUGUUUUCUUUUAAUGCGUGUUGUGAAUGAAUGUUUACACUUUAGUGCAAAUCUGUGUGUGGACGUGUCAUUGUUUUUGUUAAAUUAUUAUCAAAAAAAAUGAAUGAAAUUCAACCUGAGGCCCUGAGUGGAUGAAGGAACGAGUAGAGGUGAUAUCCUUUUUGUAUAUUUUGAUAUGAAAACAGUCUUGUUGCAGUACUAAUAACCUAUGCUGUUGAUGUAUGUUGUAUAAACAAUGGUGGACCUUAUAACAGCUGUUGGUGUUGUUUGAAAGUGACCUUGUAAGGGUAGAUGGACUUAUUGUGUAAUGUGACAGGGUCUUAAUCUCAUGUUGCGAUCGGCCUCAAAGGAUUGUGCAUGCUUCACAUCCCAGUAUAAUAUUCCCACAAUUUUAAAUAACAUAUAUUUUGUAUCAUGCUCAUGGACGUUAUGAAUCCAAAGAGGCUUUAAUUUUUUUUAAUUUGAUGCUCAGUAACUGAUUUGAGCUCUACAAUUAAAUUACAGUUUUGUUAAGACAUGUACACAUUUGGGAUUUGUUUUUCAGCUAUGUAUUCCUUGUUUUAUAGUUUUGUGGCCAUUUUGAAUCUGUUUCUUAUUGUUUGCAUCAGGAACCAAAAAUGCUUCCAGUCUCAUUUCAGAUUCUUUUUUUUUUUUUUUACAAAGAAAUAACUUUUGUCUUGUGUUCUUAAAUGUUAUGAUUGCACACAUUUGUAUUUUGCCUAAUUGAGGAAACUUGUAAUGUGGGAAUUCAUAAUGGAUGUUUAGCACAUACUAAGCCUUGAAAGGUGGUUUUAGAUUGUGGGGGUUCAAGUUAGAAGUGUGUUUGUCUGCUUAGGGGAAACAACACAGUGUCUGUAUAGGAUUUAUCCCUGAAUUUCUGAUGCAAUAUACAUCUUGGUAUGUUUUUAUGUUUUUAUUGUGUACCCCAACCCAACAGUCAUAGUAUGUCUUGUCCUUAACUUGUAUCAUCAGUUUAUACUUUUUUUAAGUUAAGACUAGCAGCAGUCCAGACCAGGGGUCAGAACGACUCUCCUCAUCUCUAUUUUUGACAGCAUGUCUUCAUAACUGUCACUCAAUUGUGUUUGUCAUGUCUUCCACACUUGUUUUAGUGUAUUAAAAAGUGUUGCUCUCCACUUGACCCCUUGUCCCCAAAUGUCAAACUGGCCUUUAUGACAUUUCUACAAUUGGCUGCAGACUGGUGUGGCAUUGUUUUUUUUAAUUGUCUUAACAGUGCUUGAAAUAAAUGCAUUACAAAAGGACUACAAAGUCCAGGACCACAA